AUGCUGAUCAGGUCAACUCAGUGCAACUGACAGUUUUUUUUUCCUUAUUAUCAGUGACACAUCAGUGGCUGUUAAUAAAUAUUAUUAAAAUAGUAAUUGCAAAAAAUACACAACAAAUAGUGAUAGUUAAAAAAAAAACAACAAACAACAAAUAAUUGUUGUAAAAUGGGAGAUUCACUGGAUGGGACCGGUGAACCCACGCCAGAAUCACAAAAUAUUGCUGCAGUUGAUUAUACAUUAUUUGCAAAUUAUUUACGUAAAAUAGCACCAAUAUUGGCACCUGAAGAAGAUGCUGCACAAUCAUCAUUUAUUUCUGCUCUUGAUGACAAAAGUAAUCAAGAGUAUAUACGUAAAUUUAUUGCUGAUCCACAAGUAUGGGCGUUGUGUAUUCAACGCAGUUCAACAAAAGAAGAGGACAAUGGAGAAGGUGAUGAUGAUAGAGACAGCACAAUGUAUCACAUAUCAAAUGAAAUAUAUUUUACAAAUCCAAAAAUGUCAUCAUUAGUAUUGACAAAACGUGGUGCAAUAAUUGAAGCAGAUAAAUCAAUAGCAUCACAAGUUAGAACAGUUAAUUUCUCAGAUGGUCCACCAUAUGAAGCAUUACAUGCAAUAAGUAAAACAAUGGCACCAUUUUUUAAAAGUUAUGUCAAAGAAACUGGACGUGCUGAUCGUGAUGGUGAUAAAAUGGCACCAUCUGUUGAAAAAAAAAUAGCUGAACUUGAAAUGGGUCUAUUGCAUCUUCAACAAAAUAUUGAUAUACCAGAAAUAUCAUUACCAGUACAUCCAUCAGUAAUGCAAGUUAUAAAUGCUUGUAAUCAUGAAAAUCGUAAACCAAAAGUUGCUGAUUUUGGUGAUAAAGUUGAAGAUUCAACAUUUUUAAAUCAAUUACAAAAUGGUGUUAAUAGAUGGAUUAAAGAAAUUCAAAAAGUAACAAAAUUAAAUCGUGAUCCAGAAUCUGGUACAGCAUUACAAGAAAUAUCAUUUUGGUUAAAUUUAGAAAGAGCACUUCAUCGUAUACAAGAAAAACGUGAAAGUAUUGAAAUAACAUUGACACUUGAUAUAUUAAAACAUGGUAAACGUUUUCAUGCAACAGUUAGUUUUGAUACAGAUACUGGACUUAAACAAGCACUUGCAACAGUCAAUGAUUAUAAUCCAUUAAUGAAAGAUUUUCCAAUAAAUGAUUUAUUAUCAGCAACUGAACUUGAAAGAAUACGUGCAGCUGUACAACAAAUUUUUAUGCAUAUGAGAAAAAUACGUAGUACAAAAUAUCCAAUUCAACGUGUAUUAAGAUUAGUUGAAGCAAUAUCACGUGAUUUAAGUCAACAAUUAUUAAAAGUAUUGGGAACAAGAAGAUUAAUGCAUAUACCAUUUGAUGAAUUUGAAAAAGUUAUGGCACAAUGUUUUGAGGUAUUUAAUACAUGGGAUGAUGAGUAUGAUAAAUUAACUGGUUUACUACGUGAUUUUGUUAAAAAAAAACGUGAUGAACAUAUGAAAAUGGUUUGGCGUGUUGCACCAGCACAUAAAAAAUUACAAACAAGAAUGGAACAAAUGCGUCGUUUUAGAAGACAACAUGAACAAUUAAGAACAGUUAUUGUUCGUGUAUUACGUCCAACAGUACGUCAAAAUAAUAAUAAUCCAUCAAUUGAAAAUACUGAUAAUGAUAAUGUUAAAGUUGAAUUUUCACUUGAUGCAGCUGAUGCAAAUGCCAUUAGUGAAGUUAAUUUAGCAUAUGAAAAUGUUAAAGAAGUUGAUUGUCUUGAUAUAACAAAAGAAGGUGCUGAAUCAUGGGAAGCUGCUGUACACAGAUAUGAAGAAAGAAUUGAAAGAGUUGAAGCUAGAAUAACAGCUCAUUUACGUGAUCAACUUGGUACAGCUAAAAAUGCUAAUGAAAUGUUUAGAAUAUUUUCAAGAUUUAAUGCUUUAUUUGUUAGGCCACAUAUACGUGGUGCUAUUAGAGAAUAUCAAACACAAUUAAUUCAACGUGUCAAGGAUGACAUUGAGGCACUUCAUGAAAAAUUUAAAGUACAAUAUCCACAAAGUAAAUGUUGUCGUAUGAGCCAAGUUAGAGAUAUACCACCAGUAUCUGGAUCAAUUAUAUGGGUUAAACAAAUUGAUUAUCAAUUGACAAUGUAUCUUAAACGUGUUGAGGAUGUUUUGGGUAAAGGAUGGGAAAAUCAUAUUGAAGGACAAAAACUUAAAGCUGAUGGUGAUAGUUUUCGUAUUAAAUUAUCAACACAAGAAAUAUUUGAUGAUUGGGCACGUAAAGUACAACAAAGAAAUAUUGGUGUUACUGGUAGAAUAUUUUUAAUUGAUAGUGUACGUUCAAGAUCUGGACGUGGUAAUGUUUUAAAGCUUAAAGUUAAUUUUUUACCUGAAAUAAUAACUCUAUCAAAAGAAGUUAGAAAUUUAAAAAAUCUUGGAUUUCGUGUACCACUUGCUAUUGUCAACAAGGCACAUCAAGCUAAUCAACUUUAUCCAUUUGCCAUUAGUCUCAUUGAGAGUAUUAGAACUUAUGAAAGAACACUGGAAAAGCUUACCAAUCGGAGUCCCCACUGUCCUGGUUUAAAGAUUGAAGAUAAAGCAAGUAUUAUUCCACUUGUUGCUGGACUGAGAAAAGACGUAUUGGCAUUAUUCUCAGAAGGAAUUGCAUUAGUUUGGGAGAGUUACAAGUUGGAUCCAUAUGUUCAACGUUUAUCUGAAAUUGUUGUACAAUUUCAAGAAAAAGUUGAUGAUUUAUUGGUCGUUGAAGAACAGCUGGAUGUUGAUGUUAGAUCAUUAGAGACAUGUCCAUAUUCAGCAAAUACAUUUGCUGAUAUUCUUGCUAAAAUACAAAAAUCUGUUGAUGAAUUGUCAUUAAAAAAUUAUUCAAAUUUACAUAUAUGGGUAGCUCGUCUUGAUGAAGAAGUUGAAAAAAAUUUAGCAGCUCGUUUAGAAGCAGGUGUUAAAGCAUGGACUGAUGCACUAAUGGGACAUAAAAAAGAAGUUGAUUUAAGUAUGGAUACAGAUGCACCAACAAAACCAACACACAAACCAGGUGGUGAUCCAAAAAUUCAAAAUCAAAUACAUGAAGUUAGAAUAACAAAUCAAACAAUGUAUUUAUAUCCAAGUAUUGAAGAUGCAAGAUUUCAAAUAAUGCAACAACUUUUUGCUUGGCAAGCAAUUGUUACAUCACAAAUUCGUCUACAAAGUUCAAGAUAUCAAGUUGGUUUAGAUAAACCCGAGUCAGGUACAUAUAGAAAUCUUUUGACAAAAUUACCAACUGGUAAAAUACCAUUAGAAUCAGCAUAUGAAGCUGUUGAAUCUAAAAUGAAAGACAUUGCUGAUUAUGUUGAUCAAUGGUUAAGAUAUCAAGCACUUUGGGAUCUUCAACCAGAUAAUCUUUAUGGUAAACUUGGUGAAGAUAUUGGUCUUUGGAUGAAAUGUUUAAAUGACAUUAAAAAAACACGUACAACAUUUGAUACAUCUGAUACACGUCGUGAAUUUGGUCCAGUUAUUAUUGAUUUUGCAAAAGUACAAAGUAAAGUAUCACUUAAAUAUGAUUCAUGGCAUAAAGAAACACUUGGUAAAUUUGGUGCACUUCUUGGCAAUGAAAUGUCAAGUUUUCAUUCACAAGUAUCAAAAUCAAGAAGUGAUUUGGAGCAACAAUCAAUUGAAGCAGCAAGUACAACUGAUGCUGUUGGUUUUAUAACAUAUGUACAAUCAUUAAAACGUAAAAUGAAAGUAUGGGAAAAACAAGUUGAUAUUUAUAGAGAAGGACAAAGAAUACUUGAACGUCAACGUUUUCAAUUUCCAUCAACUUGGUUACAUGUUGAUAAUAUUGAAGGUGAAUGGGGUGCAUUUAAUGAAAUAAUAAAACGUAAAGAUAUGAGUAUACAAACACAAGUUGCAUCAUUACAAAUGAAAAUUGUUGCUGAAGAUAAAGCUGUUGAAACAAGAACAACUGAUUUUCUUGGUGAUUGGGAACGUGGUAAACCAGUUGAAGGACAUUUAAGACCAGAUGAUGCAUUACAACAACUUCAAUUAUUUGAAAGUAAAUUUGCAAGAUUAAAAGAAGAACGUGAUAAUGUUGCAAAAGCUAAAGAAGCAUUAGAGCUACAAGAACCAGGUGGUGUAUCAACAAGUGAAGAUAGAAUGCUUGUUGUAUUUGAAGAAUUACAAGAUUUACGUGGUGUAUGGUCUGAGUUAUCAAGAAUAUGGACACAAAUUGAUGAAACAAGAGAAAAACCAUGGUUAUCUGUACAACCACGUAAAUUACGUCAACAACUUGAUACAAUGAUGACACAACUUAAAGAAUUACCAGCUCGUUUAAGACAAUAUUCAUCAUAUGAAUAUGUUAAAAAAAUGUUACAAAAUUAUACAAAAGUUAAUAUGCUUAUUGUUGAAUUAAAAUCAGAUGCAUUAAAAGAACGUCAUUGGAAACAAUUAACAAAACAAUUACGUGUUAAUUGGAUAUUAAGUGAACUAACACUUGGACAAGUAUGGGAUGUUAAUUUACAAAAAAAUGAAAGUAUUGUUAAAGAUAUUAUUCUUGUUGCACAAGGUGAAAUGGCACUUGAAGAAUUUUUAAAACAAGUACGUGAAUCAUGGCAAACAUAUGAACUUGAUUUAAUUAAUUAUCAAAGUAAAUGUCGUUUAAUACGUGGUUGGGAUGAUUUAUUUAAUAAAGUUAAAGAACAUAUUAAUUCAGUUGCUGCUAUGAAAUUAUCACCUUAUUAUAAAGUAUUUGAAGAAGAAGCACUUACAUGGGAAGAAAAAUUAAAUCGUAUUAAUGCAUUAUUUGAUGUAUGGAUUGAUGUACAACGUCGUUGGGUAUAUCUUGAGGGUAUAUUUUCUGGUAGUGCUGAUAUUAAAACAUUAUUACCAGUUGAAACAUCACGUUUUCAAAGUAUAAGCUCUGAAUUUUUGGGUCUUAUGAAAAAAGUAUCAAAAUCACCAAUGGUUAUGGAUGUAUUAAAUAUUCCUGGUGUACAAAGAGCACUUGAACGUCUUGCUGAUUUACUUGGUAAAAUACAAAAAGCACUUGGUGAAUAUUUAGAACGUGAAAGAACAUCAUUUCCACGUUUUUAUUUUGUUGGUGAUGAGGAUUUACUUGAAAUUAUUGGUAAUAGUAAAAAUGUUGCUAGAUUACAAAAACAUUUUAAAAAAAUGUUUGCUGGUGUUGCUGCAAUAUUAUUAAAUGAUGAUAAUACAGUUAUACUUGGUAUUGCAUCAAGAGAAGGUGAAGAAGUUUAUUUUCAAACACCAGUAUCAACAAUUGAUUAUCCAAAAAUAAAUGAAUGGUUAACACUUGUUGAAAAAGAAAUGCGUGUUACAUUAGCAUCAAGUCUUGCUAAAGCUGUACAUGAUAUUAAACAAUUUAAAGAUGGUAAUAUUAAUCCAGAUGCAUUUAUGUCAUGGUGUGAUAAUUAUCAAGCACAAAUUAUUGUAUUAGCAGCACAAAUAUUAUGGUCAGAAGAUGUUGAAGCAGCGCUACAUGAAGCACAAUCUGAUCCAAGUAAAAAUUCACUUGAACGUGUACUUAAUCAAGUUGAAGGAACAUUAAAUGUUCUUGCUGAUUCAGUAUUACAAGAACAACCAGCAUUACGUCGUAAAAAACUUGAACAUUUAAUUAAUGAAUUUGUACAUAAAAGAACAGUUACAAGAAGAUUAUUUGCAAAUAAAGUAUCAAAUCCAAAAGCAUUUGAAUGGCUUUGUGAAAUGAGAUUUUAUUUUGAUCCACGACAAACAGAGGUAUUACAACAAUUAACAAUUCACAUGGCAAAUGCUAAAUUCUAUUAUGGCUUUGAAUAUCUUGGUGUACAAGAUAGACUUGUACAAACACCAUUAACUGAUCGUUGUUAUUUAACAAUGACACAAGCACUUGAAGCAAGACUUGGUGGUUCACCAUUUGGUCCAGCUGGUACUGGUAAAACUGAAUCAGUCAAAGCACUUGGUCAUCAACUUGGUAGAUUUGUACUUGUAUUUAAUUGUGAUGAGACAUUUGAUUUUCAAGCAAUGGGACGUAUAUUUGUUGGUCUUUGUCAAGUUGGUGCUUGGGGUUGUUUUGAUGAAUUUAAUCGUCUUGAAGAACGUAUGUUAUCUGCUGUAUCACAACAAGUACAAACUAUUCAAGAAGCACUUAAAAGUCAAAUGGAAGGUAAAAAAGGUGGAACAUUGUGUGUUGAACUUGUUGGUAAACAAGUUAAAGUAUCAACAGAUAUGGCAAUAUUUAUAACAAUGAAUCCUGGCUAUGCUGGACGUUCAAAUUUACCAGAUAAUUUAAAAAAAUUAUUUAGAUCACUUGCAAUGACAACACCUGAUCGACAACUUAUUGCUGAAGUUAUGUUAUUCAGUCAAGGCUUUAGAUCAGCUGAAAAACUUGCAUGUAAAAUUGUGCCAUUCUUUAAACUUUGUGAUGAACAAUUGUCAAAUCAAUCACAUUAUGAUUUUGGUCUACGUGCACUUAAAUCUGUAUUAAUAUCAGCUGGUAAUGUUAAACGUGAUAGGAUUAUGAGAAUUAAAGAAAAUAUGACUAAUAGAGGUGAAACAAAUAUUGAUGAAGCAUCAAUUGCUGAAAAUUUACCAGAACAAGAAAUUCUUAUACAAUCAGUUUGUGAAACAAUGGUGCCAAAACUUGUUGCUGAAGAUAUUCCACUUCUAUUUAGUUUACUCAAUGAUGUAUUCCCAAAUGUCAACUAUACACGUGCUGAAAUGAAAGGAUUAAAAGAUGAAAUUCGUAAAGUAUGUGCUGAAGAAUAUCUUGUUUGUGGUGAGGGUGAUGAACAAGGUGGAGCAUGGCAAGAAAAGGAAUUGAUUGGCGAGACCUGGGUAGAAAAGGUACUUCAAUUAUAUCAAAUUUGUAAUUUGAAUCAUGGUUUGAUGAUGGUUGGUCCAAGUGGAUCUGGUAAAACAACAGCAUGGAAAGUACUAUUAAAGGCACUUGAACGUUUUGAAGGUACUGAAGGUGUUGCACAUGUUAUUGAUCCAAAAGCAAUUAGUAAAGAAACAUUAUAUGGUGUACUUGAUCCAAAUACACGUGAAUGGACUGAUGGUCUAUUUACUCAUAUAUUACGUAAAAUAAUUGAUAAUGUACGUGGUGAAAUAAAUAAACGUCAAUGGAUUAUAUUUGAUGGUGAUGUUGAUCCUGAAUGGGUUGAAAAUUUAAAUUCUGUACUUGAUGAUAAUAAAUUAUUGACAUUACCAAAUGGUGAACGUUUAAGUUUACCACCAAAUGUCAGAGUUAUGUUUGAAGUACAAGAUUUAAAAUAUGCAACAUUAGCAACAGUAUCACGUUGUGGUAUGGUAUGGUUUUCUGAAGAUGUAUUAUCAACUGAAAUGAUAUUUGAAAAUUAUAUGAUGCGUUUAAAAAAUAUACCACUUGAAGAUGCUGAUGAGGAUAAUAAUUUUGGUGGUAGUAAAAAUAAAAAUGAUAAAGAUGAUACAUUAUCACCAGCAAUAACAGUACAACGUGAAGUUGGAAGUAUAUUACAAAGUUAUUUUGCACCAGAUGGUUUAGUUGUUAGAUGUUUAGAAUAUGCUAUGAAACAAGAACAUAUUAUGGAUUUUACACGUUUACGUGCACUUAGUUCAUUAUUUUCAAUGUUAAAUCAAGCAGUAAGAAAUGUACUUCAUUAUAAUCAUUCACAUAUUGAUUUUCCAUUACCAAGUGAACAACUUGAACUUUAUAUGCCAAAAUGUCUUGUUUAUGCUUUAUUAUGGAGUUUUGCUGGUGAUGCUAAAUUAAAAGUACGUUCAGAUCUUGGUGAUUUUGCAAGAUCAAUAACAACAAUUCCAUUACCAUCACAAAUAAAUAUACCAAUAAUUGAUUUUGAAGUUAAUAUACAUGGUGAUUGGUUACCAUGGAGUAAUAAAGUACCACAAAUUGAAGUUGAAACACAUAAAGUUGCUAGUCCAGAUAUUGUUGUGCCAACAUUAGAUACUGUAAGACAUGAAAGUUUAUUAUAUACAUGGCUUGCUGAACAUAAACCAUUGGUACUUUGUGGUCCACCUGGUUCUGGUAAAACAAUGACAUUAUUUUCAGCAUUACGUGCACUACCAGAUAUGGAAGUUGUUGGUUUAAAUUUUUCUUCAGCUACAACACCUGAAUUAUUAUUAAAAACAUUUGAUCAUUAUUGUGAAUAUAGAAAAACACCAAAUGGUGUUGUAUUAUCACCAGUACAACUUGGUAAAUGGCUUGUAUUAUUUUGUGAUGAAAUUAAUUUACCUGAUAUGGAUAAUUAUGGUACACAAAGAGUUAUAUCAUUUUUACGUCAACUUGUUGAACAUCGUGGUUUUUAUAGAACAAGUGAUCAAGCAUGGGUAUCAUUGGAACGUAUACAAUUUGUUGGUGCAUGUAAUCCACCAACAGAUCCUGGUAGAAAACCAUUGAGUCAUAGAUUUUUAAGACAUGUACCAGUUAUUUAUGUUGAUUAUCCUGGUGAAACAUCAUUAAAACAAAUUUAUGGUACAUUUACACGUGCAAUGUUAAGAUUAACACCAUCAUUAAGAGGCUACGCUGAGCCAUUAACAAAUGCAAUGGUUGAAUUUUAUCUUUCAUCACAAGAAAGAUUUACUCAAGAUAUGCAACCACAUUAUGUUUAUUCACCACGUGAAAUGACUAGAUGGGUACGUGGUAUUUGUGAAGCAAUAAGACCACUUGAUAGUCUUUCAGUUGAAGGUUUAGUACGUUUAUGGGCACAUGAAGCACUUAGAUUAUUUCAAGAUCGUCUUGUUGAAGAUUCUGAACGUGCAUGGACAAAUAAAAAUAUUGAUAUUGUUGCAAUGAAACAUUUUAUGGGUGUUGAUGCUGAUAAAGCACUUGCAAGACCAAUAUUAUAUAGUAAUUGGUUAUCAAAAGAUUAUGUACCAGUUAAUAGACAAGAAUUACGUGAUUAUGUACGCGCUAGAUUAAAGGUAUUUUAUGAAGAAGAACUUGAUGUACCAUUAGUGUUAUUUGAUGAAGUAUUAGAGCAUGUAUUGAGAAUUGAUAGAAUAUUUAGACAACCACAAGGACAUUUAUUAUUAAUUGGUGUUUCUGGUGCUGGUAAAACAACAUUAUCAAGAUUUGUUGCUUGGAUGAAUGGACUAUCAAUAUUUCAAAUAAAAGUACAUAAUAAAUAUACUGGUGAAGAUUUUGAUGAAGAUCUUAGACAAGUACUUAGACGAUCAGGUUGUAAAGAUGAAAAAAUAGCAUUUAUAUUGGAUGAAUCAAAUGUAUUGGAUUCUGGAUUUUUAGAAAGAAUGAAUACAUUAUUGGCUAAUGGUGAAGUACCUGGUUUAUUUGAAGGUGAUGAAUAUACAACACUUAUGACACAAUGUAAAGAAGGAGCACAAAGAGAAGGUUUAAUGUUAGAUUCAAAUGAAGAAUUAUAUAAAUGGUUUACUGGACAAGUUAUGAAAAAUCUUCAUGUUGUAUUUACAAUGAAUCCAAGUACAGAUGGUCUUAAAGAUCGUGCAGCAACAUCACCAGCAUUAUUUAAUCGUUGUGUAUUAAAUUGGUUUGGUGAUUGGUCAGAUAAUGCAUUAUUUCAAGUUGGUAAAGAAUUUACAAAUCGUGUUGAUCUUGAAAAACCAACAUGGAAAUCACCAGAUUUUUUCCCAUCUGUAUGUUCACUUAUACCUGCUCAACCAACUCAUCGUGAUGCUGUUAUUAAUGCAUGUGUUUAUGUACAUCAAACAUUACAUAAAGCAAAUGCAAGACUUGUUAAACGUAGUAGUAGAACAAUGUCAAUAACACCACGUCAUUAUCUUGAUUUUAUAAAUCAUUUUGUUAAAUUAUAUCAAGAAAAAAGAAGUGAUCUUGAAGAACAACAAUUACAUCUUAAUGUUGGUCUUGGUAAAAUUGCUGAAACAGUUGAACAAGUUGAAGAAAUGCAAAAAAGUUUAGCUGUUAAAUCACAAGAACUUCAAGCUAAAAAUGAUGCUGCUAAUGCUAAAUUACGACAAAUGGUUAAAGAUCAACAAGAAGCUGAAAAGAAAAAAGUACAAAGUCAAGAAAUUCAACAACAAUUGGCUAUUCAAACAGUUGCUAUUGAUCAAAAAAGAGAAGAUGUUAUGGCUGAUCUUGCACAAGUUGAACCAGCUGUUAUUGAUGCACAAAAUGCUGUAAAGGGAAUAAAACGUCAGCAUCUAGUUGAAAUACGUUCAAUGGCAAAUCCACCAGCAAUUGUUAAAGUUGCACUUGAGUCAAUGUGUUUUUUACUUGGUGAAAAUGCAACUGAUUGGAAACAAAUACGAGCUGUUACAAUGCGAGAUGGUUUCAUUCCAACAAUCGUCAAUUUUAGCACAGAAAAUAUAACUGAUGAAGUUCGUGAAAAAAUGAAGAGUCGUUAUCUCAGUAAUCCUGAUUAUAACUUUGAAAAAGUCAAUCGUGCCAGUAUGGCCUGUGGUCCUAUGGUCAAAUGGGCAACAGCUCAGAUUCAAUACGCAGACAUGUUAAAACGAGUUGAACCACUUCGUGAAGAAUUAUAUUCUCUUGAACGUCAAGCUGAGACAAAUAAAGAUAAAGGUGAACAAGUUAAAAAUUUAAUAUCACAAUUGGAAUUAAGUAUUGCAUCAUACAAAGAAGAAUAUGCACAGUUAAUUUCUCAAGCACAAGCUAUAAAAACAGAUUUAGAAAAUGUACAAGGCAAAGUUGAUCGUUCAAUAGCUCUUAUUAAAUCAUUGGUUAUUGAACGUGAACGUUGGGAAGCAACAAGUGAAACAUUCCGCAGUCAAAUGUCAACAAUAAUUGGUGAUGUACUUUUAUCAUCAGCAUUUUUAGCAUAUGCUGGAUAUUUUGAUCAACAUUAUCGUCAAAAUUUAUUUACAACAUGGUGUCAACAUUUACAACAUGCUAAUUUACAAUUUAGAGCUGAUAUUGCAAGAACAGAAUAUUUAUCAAAUCCAGAUGAACGUUUACGUUGGCAAGCAAAUGCACUACCAACAGAUGAUCUUUGUACAGAAAAUGCAAUAAUGUUAAAACGUUUUAAUAGAUAUCCACUUAUAAUUGAUCCAUCUGGACAAGCUACAGAAUUUAUUAUGAAUGAAUUUAAAGAACGUAAAAUAACUAAAACUAGUUUUCUUGAUGAUUCAUUUAGAAAAAAUCUUGAAAGUGCAUUACGUUUUGGUAAUCCAUUGCUUGUUCAAGAUGUUGAAAAUUAUGAUCCAAUAUUAAAUCCAGUAUUAAAUAGAGAAUUAAGAAGAACUGGUGGAAGAGUAUUAAUAACAUUGGGGGAUCAAGAUAUUGAUCUUUCACCAUCAUUUGUUAUAUUUUUAUCAACAAGAGAUCCAACUGUUGAAUUUCCACCUGAUAUAUGUUCACGUGUAACAUUUGUUAACUUUACUGUAACAAGAAGUUCACUUCAAAGUCAAUGUUUAAAUCAAGUACUCAAAGCAGAACGUCCAGAUAUUGAUGAAAAAAGAUCAGAUUUACUUAAAUUACAAGGUGAAUUCCAUUUACGUUUACGACAACUUGAAAAAUCAUUAUUACAAGCAUUAAAUGAUGCUAAAGGUAAAAUUUUAGAUGAUGAUUCUGUAAUAACAACAUUAGAAACACUCAAACAAGAAGCUGCUGAUAUUAGUAAAAAAGUUGAAGAAACAGAUAAAGUUAUUGGUGAAAUUGAAACUGUAUCACAACAAUAUUUGCCAUUAUCACAAGCAUGUUCAAAUAUGUACUUUACAAUGGAUAGCCUUAAUCAAAUACAUUUUCUUUAUCAAUAUUCAUUGAAAAUGUUUUUAGAUAUAUUUACAUCUGUUCUAUCACAAAAUACAAAAUUAAAUGGUAUAUCAGAUUAUACACAAAGAUUAUCAUUAAUAACAAGUGAUUUAUUCUCUGUAUGUUAUGAAAGAGUUGCAAGAGGUAUGUUACAUGCUGACAGAUUAACAUUUGCAUUAUUAUUAUGUCGUAUACAUUUAAAAGGAAUUAUAAAUGAAUCAACAUUUGAUGAUGAAUUUACAUUUUUCCUUCGUGGUAAAGAGGGUGUAUUAAAUGUACGUGGUCCAUUAAUAUCAAGUUUAAGCUCAGAACAACAAGAAGCAAUGAUGCGUUUAAGUUUACGUUUACCGGCAUUUAAAAAACUUGGACAAAUAAUACAAGAUAAUAGUGAAUUUAGUAAUUGGUUACAAUCAUCAAAUCCUGAAACAAUGGUACCAAAAUUAUGGGAUGAAGAAAAACCAUUGUCAUCAAUUGGUACAGCAAUAUAUCAGCUAUUAUUAAUACAAGCAUUUAGACCAGAUAGAGUUAUUGCUGCAGCAUCAUUAUUUAUAACAUCAGCACUUGGUGAUAAAUUUAUGGCAGCAGCUGAAAUUGAACUUGAUUUUGGUUCAGUUGUUGAAAAUCAAUUAAAAGCAGCUGUACCAGCAUUAUUAUGUUCAGUACCAGGUUUUGAUGCAUCAGGAAGAGUUGAUGAUCUUGCAACUGAACUUGGUAAACAAAUUGUUAGUAUUGCAAUUGGUUCUGCUGAAGGUUUUAAUCAAGCUGAUCGUGCUAUUAAUAUGGCUGUUAAAGCUGGUAGAUGGGUUAUGUUAAAAAAUGUACAUCUUGCACCACAAUGGCUUGUACAACUUGAAAAAAAAUUACACAGUAUACAACCACAUGCUGGUUUUAGAUUAUUUUUAACAAUGGAAAUUAAUCCAAAAGUACCAGUUAAUUUAUUACGUGCUGGUAGAAUAUUUGUAUUUGAACCACCACCAGGUAUUAAAGCAAAUUUGUUGAGAACAUUUAGUACAGUACCAGCAUCAAGAAUGAUGAAAGCACCAAAUGAAAGAGCAAGAUUAUAUUUUUUACUUGCAUGGUUUCAUGCAAUUGUACAAGAAAGAUUACGUUAUUCACCACUUGGUUGGUCAAAACAUUAUGAAUUUAAUGAGAGUGAUCUUCGUGUUGCUUGUGAUACACUUGAUACUUGGAUUGAGGCAACAGCUAUGGGUAGAACAAAUUUACCACCAGAAAAAGUACCAUGGGAUGCACUUGUAACAUUAUUAUCACAAUGUAUUUAUGGUGGUAAAAUUGAUAAUGAAUUUGAUCAAAGAUUAUUAGCAUCAUUUUUAAGAAAAUUAUUUACACCAAGAUCAUUUGAAGGUGAUUUCGCAUUAGUUGCUAAUGUUGAUGGUAGUGGACAAGGUAAUCAAAGACACAUAACAAUGCCUGAUGGUACAAGACGUGAUCAUUUCUUAAAAUGGAUUGAAUCAUUGUCUGAUAGACAAGCACCAUCAUGGCUUGGUUUACCAAAUAAUGCUGAAAAAGUAUUAUUAACAACACGUGGUACUGAUCUUGUAUCAAAAUUAUUAAAAAUGCAACAACUUGAAGAUGAAGAUGAGCUUGCAUAUUCAAAUGAUGAAUCAUUAACAACACCAAGAGAAGCUGAAGGUGAUGGUAGACCAUCGUGGAUGCGUGUAUUACAUAAUUCAGCAUCAACUUGGCUUCAAUUAUUACCUAAAAAUUUACAAAUAUUAAAAAGAACUGUUGAAAAUAUCAAAGAUCCACUUUAUCGUUAUUUUGAACGUGAAGUUAAUAGUGGAGCUAAAUUAUUACAAGAUGUUAUUCAUGAUUUGGAAGAUGUUGUAUUAAUAUGUCAAGGUGAAAAAAAACAAACAAAUUAUCAUCGUACAAUGUUAUCAGAACUUGUUAAAGGUAUAUUACCUGGUGGAUGGAGAAGAUAUACUGUACCACGAGGUUGUACUGUUAUACAAUGGAUAACUGAUUUUAGUCAACGUGUUAUGCAAUUACAAGAAGUAUCACGUCUUGUAUCACAAGGUGGAGCUAAAGAAAUUAAAAGUUUUCCAGUUUGGCUUGGUGGUUUAUUAAAUCCUGAGGCUUAUAUUACAGCAACAAGACAAUGUAUUGCACAAGCAAAUAGCUGGUCACUUGAAGAAUUACAAUUAGUUGUUACAAUUGGUGAUGGUGAUAAUAUUGCAACUGAUGAUUGUUCAUUUGCUGUUACUGGAUUAAAAUUACAGGGUGCACUUUGUAAAGAUAAUCAGCUGUAUUUAACAUCAACAAUUAUGACUGAUUUACCAGUUACAAUGUUACGAUGGGUUCGUUCAUCAACUGAAGAAGCAAGAAAAGGAAAAUUAUCUUUACCUGUUUAUUUAAAUAGCACUAGAACUGAGCUAUUAUUUACUGUUGAUCUUAAUACUGCUACUAAUCAAGAUCCACAUAGUUUCUAUGAGCGUGGAGUUGCAGUACUCACAUCAACUGCUUUAAAUUAAUUCAAUUUUUUCUCAAUUUAUAAUAUUAAUAAUAUUUAUCAACGAGCAAAACACAGUAAUUUUUUUUUUCUUUUCGCAAAUUACUAAAUAAUUAUUUUUAAAAUAAAUUUCAACAAUUAAAACUACUCAUUGGUUUUAAUUAUAUAUGUACAAUAAAAUAAACGAAAAAAAAAAAAAAAACAUUUCAUUUAAUUUUUUCAAAUAAAAUAAUAUGUGAAAAAAAAAAUUAACAAUAAAUCAAUGGAAAUAAAUAAUAAUAAA